CUCUGUCUUUUGGUUUAGUUCUGGGUACGUUUUAGGCCUGUGUUCUCUUACUGUAACCUAGUUGGAGUGGACCAGCCAAGCCAGUCCAUGAUUUCUUCAACAGGGAAGCUGCCCUCCCGAGGUUCUAAGCAUUCUAGGCUCACACCUGUCUCUGUUAAAGAUGAAAGGACCUCAUUAGCUCUGGUUAAUAUUAAUCCCUUCACUCCAGAGUCCUAUAGAAAAGAGAUCCUUCAUUUGAGUGGCAAGAGGAAAACCCGAGGAUAUCUUGAAGCUGAUCCGGGGGAAGACAAAGUAGAAGAACAAGGGCUGCCAGCCAAGAGAAGUGUUCUACGAGAAACCGACAUGACUUCCCGCUAUGAAAAAGAAUUCAUGGAGUUAGAAAUUAUUGGGGUUGGGGAAUUUGGUACAGUCUACAAGUGCGUUAAGAGGCUGGAUGGAUGUGUUUAUGCAAUAAAACGCUCCACGAACUCUUUUGCAGAAGUAUAUAAUGAGAAUUUAAUUUUGCAUGAAGUUUAUGCUCAUGCAGUACUUGGUCAUCACCCCCAUGUGGUACGUUACUAUUCUUCAUGGGUAGAAGAUGACCACAUGAUCAUUCAGAAUGAAUACUGCAAUGGUGGGAGCUUAGAGGAUGCUAUAGAGGACGCGAGGUCUGGCUUUGAAGAGCCAGUACUCAAAGACAUCCUUCUGCAGGUUUCUCUUGGGCUCAAGUACAUCCACAACGCUGGCAUGGUGCACCUGGACAUCAAACCGAGUAACAUCUUCAUUUGUUAUCAGACACAAAGGGACUCUUCUAUAGUCCAAGAAGACAUUGAAAAUGAUGCUGAUUUUUUUCUCUCUACCAAUGUGAUAUACAAAAUUGGAGACUUGGGUCUUGCAACAUCAAUAAGUAAACCCAGAGUGGAAGAGGGAGAUAUUCACUUCCUGGCUAAGGAGAUUUUGCAAGAGGAUUAUCAGCAUCUCCCUAAAGGAGACAUAUUUGCCUUGGGAUUAACAAUAGCACUGGCCGCAGGAGCAGAGGAAUUACCCAGCAAUGGUGACGAGUGGCAUGACAUCCGCCGGGGUAACCUUCCAGAUAUUCCGCAGGAGCUCUCAGAAGAAUUUUACAACCUGCUCAAGAAAAUGAUCCACCCUGAUCCAAGGGAGAGACCCUCUGCAGCAGCUCUGGCCAGAAGUCGGGUUCUCCGUCCCACCCUGGGGAAAACAGAAGAGCUCCAGCAGCAGCUCAACUUGGAAAGGAUGAAGACAGCCACACUGGAAAGGGAACUGAGAGAAGCCCAGAAGUCCCAGAAGUCCCAGAAGUCCCAGGAGCCCCAGGAGCCCCGGGAAGGCCACAGUGACUCUGAGGUCUCGGGGACCCUUACAAGAUCAGGAAGCACCAAAUGCCUAGAGGGAGGAAAGAGUGCAAAGUCUUCAAGCUCCACCUGUGGGGAUUCUUCCCCAUAAGAACUCAUUUCACAUCAACCCACAAUAUAUAUUACCAUGCCAAACUACCUCUUAUAAAAGGAAAGGUUUAACCCACUUCAAUACCCAAAGAUGUCAAAAGCUACUCCUAAUUUAGCCAAGAUACGAAAGCUACUGAGGCCUUUUAUUAGCAAGGGUCUCCGGUACCAUAAUCUCCUCUAUUGUUAUAUUCCUCACACCACCUAUCCAUAGUUCAUUUCUCACAUUCAUUGGACACAAUGGGGAAAGCAUGAGCUUCUGAACAGAUGGAAGAGAAGGAAUCAGCUCUCAGUGCCACCCAUGGACUAAGACGUUGCUCUAGCUAAUUACCUAUGAAGGAUCCCAGUGACUCUUCCUACACAUUGAAAAAUAUACAAUUUUGUGGAGUUGUAACAGCUUACAAGAAAAUGCACCUGGAUUUCAACAAAUGUUCCCCGAGUAUCUGAUGGUAUUUAUUUGUAAAAGAAUUCUCAACCACUUUAGUUUUCCUACUGUGUUCUCUGAAUGGAGAUCAUCACCUCUUUUGAUAUUGUGUUUACUAGAUAUAAAUGACUUCACCAUUAUUUGAGGUAGAUAAAAAUAAGGCUAUACAUAACUUGAAAUUUCUG